UCAGAGCAGAGCUCACCGUUAGUAUUUAUGGCUCUUCCAUAUGAGGUAAUAACAGGCCAUUUCAUUCUAGAGACGAAACCUUGGGUUGUAAAGGGAUGUGAAAUCGUUUCUGGAGAUUUUUUGCCCUUCCCUAAGCCGCGUACCUUCUAUGUAGAUAUCAGAGAACAAUUUAGAAUACUGCAUCAAUGCUUUCUAUGGCACCUUUAAAUUUAACGUGAGUGGCUUUUGACAAACGGUGCAAUUGAUGUAGAGAGGAGUGACGUGUGAUAGAGACAAAUGAGAUCUGAUUGAAGAGACUGACUUCUCUCUCUCUCUAUCUCUUUUUCUCUCUCUACUUCACAAACAGUCAUUCAGAAAGUGAAACGUUUUAUUCAAGAAGUGAGUGUUUUGCUGAAGCUCAAGAAUGGAUUCGCAAGCCGAAUAUGAUUAUAAUUUUACUAGUUUAGUUAUUUUCCCAUCUUGUGUUUUCCCGUUCAUAGACUACUUGCCUGUGUAUUAACGCUUUGCCUACAGUUUUGGACUCUGUUUAAAGUUUAAAGAUUAUCCCUCUUGUUUUGCUCGCUGGAUUUUAAUUUUGUUCAUUUCUAGGAAGAGCUCAAUACAGCUCUGAAGCCCUUGCAAGAAAUUGGAAGAAAUGGUUAAACAAAUCAUGGUGAGGAAAUGUAAUCGACCUAAGUCAUGUUUUUUGCUGUUGAUUAUUAUUCAUUCACAUGACUGAAGUGAAUGUGGUUUGAUUUCGGUCUCAAGCUGAACACACAGCAUCAGAUUAAACAGCAGUUUGAGAAGCUUCAUCAGUUUCUCAGAGAUGAAGAAGAAGCUACGAUCACUGCACUGAGGGAGGAAGAGGAGCAGAAGAAGAAGAUGAUGAAGGAGAAGCUGGAGGAGAUCAACAGACACAUCUCAGCUCUUUCAGACACAAUUAAAGACACGGAGGAGAUGAUGAAAGACAAUGACGUCUGCUUUCUGAAGAAGUUUCCGGUCUCAGUGGAAAGAGUCCAGAUCUCAUCACAGCUGGAUCCAAAGACACCUUCUGGAGCUUUGAUUCAUGUGCCACGAUACUUGGGCAACCUGUCCUUCAGAGUCUGGAAGAAGAUGCAGGACAUCGUCCAGAACAGUGAGUCUGGAAAAGAUCUGUGCUCUUUACACCUUUCCUACACCAGACGCAAGCGGUGCCACAAAAUACAAUACGACCUACUCUGCUGUCUAUACUGGAUCUGGUGAAACAAAUUCCAGAAAGAAAACUGCUGAUGUAUUCUAUUUAUGACACAGUGACACAAGUUUCAAAUGAUUUUCAAUGCUUGCUUUGUCACAUACAGGGUUAACAGGCUUUAGCUGUUGCGGUCGUCUCCGGUGUAGACAUGGUGUUACACAUACACUGGAAAUGUUGCACAGCUGGACAGGUUUAAAGAUUCUUAUAGGUUUAAUCAAUAGGUUGAGUGUCAUAAUUCAUAAUAAUCUGUGUUUGGUUUACUCGUGGUCAUUAUAUUCACAUCAGUUUAAAUGCAGCUGUUAAUUGUGCCUUAACAGCUCCUCUGAUUCUGGACCCAAACACUGCAAAUCAGUGGCUCGUCCGGUCCGAUGAUCUGACCAGCGUGAGAUACGGGAAUAAACAACUGCUUUCUGAUAACCCAGAGAGAUUUGACCAUUAUUCUUGUGUUCUGAGUUCAGAGGGUUUUAACUCACUUCUGGGAUGUGGAGGUUAAAGAGAGUCGAUGCUGGAGUCUUGGAGUAACUAUGGCAUCAAACUAGAGGAAGGGAUGUGAUUAUUUUUGACCGUGAUGUCUGGAGUGUGGAGCAUGGUUCUUCUGUAAGGUCUGGUGUUCAUCUCGAUAAGAACCUUAAGCGUCUGAGAGUGUGUCUGGACUAUGAAGGAGGAAUGGUGUCAUUCUCUGAUCCUGUAACUAACACACAUCUACACACAUUCACAACCACAAGACACUUUAUUCUCAUUGGUUAGAUUUUGUCACGACAUGCGAUAGGUAGGCUAUGUUGUACUACAGGGCCAUUGAAUUCUUGAAUCUGAUUGGCGGGCAAGCGUUCUAAGGUGUGCAAUUAUUUUUAGGGAAUCGUUUUCGUGAAAAUUGGAGACAUCCUAUAGGCUUAAUGGUUUUUAUACUGUACAAACUGUAUGUGCUAUUGCCCUAAACCUACCCUAACCCUAACCUAGCCAUCAAAGGAGACUUGUCUGAAAUAGGUGAGGUGAGCCAAUCAAAGACUAAGGUAAACAAUAAAUCAAUCUCUUCUGUUUCUAAUAGCAUUAUAUUUUGUAUUGUUUGCUGUGUGAUCAGCGUUUGCCUAAGGAGUAGAUAUGCUAGGGAAGUGACACAUAACAUUUUAAUAAUGUUUUGUUAAAAUGAACGAAAUGACUAGAAAAAAACGAAGUGAUCUAAACUUCCCAUAACUAGAAGAAAUCAUACAGACUACGUUAUUCCAUCCUCACCGGGUUGGCCCUGUCCAUGCCUUCAUCUUCGGCAGUACUAGCUGGAUUCUGACGCCUACAGAUUCAAGCCACGGACAGAUGCCUACGCCAAAGACUGUUUAUACACAUAUUGAUCUGUAAAAUAAAUGCUUUGAGUCUAAAUCAUGUCUUCAUCUCAUGAGUCUUUCUGGUAGAACUAAUGGGAACAGGAACAGAACCAUGGGCAAACAGGAAACCAACUAGUUUGUCAAAAUGUUCUAAUUCAGCAUGACAUGGGAAUCCAAUCUAACUUAACAUUUAAUUUAUUGAUAU